CCGAUCAAUAACACAAUGCGAAUCUCGGUAUCAGCUCCAGCGGUGGGCUUGCUUUCGAUACUCUUCGUGCUUUCAAUUACUUCAUCAGGCAAUGCUUCCAAUAUUCUUUGUCUCUUCACCAGUCCUGGUCGAUCCCAUAUUAUAAUUUAUAUGGCAAUUGCCAGAACUCUAGUGGAGAGAGGUCAUAAUGUGACCAUAGUGACAACAAUGCCACUGAAGGACAAAAAUCCAAAAUACCAUCAUAUCUUCCUGCCCCCCGCAGAAGAAGAUUAUGCUGAAUACUACAGACUGCUAAGUGUUGCCGCUACAGAGUCCAAUAUUUGGGGAGCCUAUAAUCGUCUAUUCUGGGCAAAUGUUGAACGAGUACGUAUACAGGAUAAGGCUUUCAAGAGUCCUCGAUUCCAGGACUUCUUAAAUAAUACCGGAAACCAUUUUGAUGCUGUGAUCCUGGGUUGGGUAUUCAAUACUUAUCAACUUGGAGUAGCAGCACAUUUUAAAUGUCCCGUCAUGCUUGCCUUUGUCAAUCAUCCUACCAAACUUCUACUAUCGAUGGCUGGGAGCCCCUUGGCCUUGUCUACUGUUCCUCUUUUUGGAAACUCCUAUGACAUGCUAAAUUUCAAGAAGAGAUUAAGUAAUUACUUCGACUAUUUGCUGUGGAAUUUCUUUGAGGAAUUCGGGGAAUACAAAAUGUCCCAAUAUUAUGAAGAGUAUUUCUCUUCAGAAAAAUAUCCUUCCUACGAUGAAAUGAAGAGAAAUGUGUCCCUUGUGUUUUGUGCUUCACAUUUUAGCGAAGGAAGAAUCAGACCACACCCUCCAGGAUUUAUUGAAAUUGGUGGAAUUCAAGUCAAAGACAAAGCAAAUCCACUUCCUCAGGAAGUUGAUGAAUUCCUCAAGACUGCCAAUGAAGGUUUCAUACUGUUUAGCCUGGGCACGAAUGUCAAAAGCUCCGACAUAUCCUCGAAUACCACUUCAGCCAUUUUCAAAGUAUUAUCCCAAUCAAAAUACAAAGUUCUUUGGAAGUGGGAUAGUGCUGAAAUGCCUGGAGAAUCAACCAAUAUCAUGUUUCGGAAGUGGUUCCCUCAAGACGAUCUUCUAGCACAUCCCCAACUGAAACUUUUCAUCACCCAUGCUGGAAAAGGAAGUUCAGUAGAGGCUCAAUACCAUGGUGUUCCGAUGUUAGCUAUUCCAGUUUAUGGAGAUCAAUUUGGAAAUGCUGAAGAAAUGCGAACAAUGGGAUAUGGCUUGAUAGUUAACCAUCGAAAUGUGACAGAGCAAAGUUUUCGUCGAGAUUUUGCUGAAAUUCUUAAAAACCCCAAAUAUCUGAAAGCUGUGACCAAAUUUUCAAAAUUGUACACAGAUCGGCCAUUGUCACCGAGGGAAAGUGUGAUCUACUGGACCGAAUAUGUUAUACGCCAUCGAGGAGCUAAACAUAUGCAGAGUCCGGUGAUUCACAUGAAUUUCUUCCAGAAAAACAGUCUUGAUGUAAUUGUUUUUAUAGGAGUAAUUUUGUAUUUAAGUUUUGUGAUUAUGAGAAAAAUGUUUAAAAUAUUUUACAGAACGAUUUUCAUGGUGUGUAGUCGAGAAAGUUGUUCAAAAGUCUCAAUCAUGCGGUCAAACUUCAAAUUCGUCACUCUUUUGUGCCUUUUGGUGGCAUUCCUUGUCGGUGGAAGUGAAUCGGCAAAUAUACUCGGUGUCUUCACCAGCAGCAGUCCUUCACAUCAAAUUGUUCAUAUGUCUUAUAUUAAGGCUCUCAUCGAACGUGGACACAAUGUGACAGUACUCUCAACAAUUCCUCUCAAGGACAAAAAUCCCAAAUAUCAUCAUCUACUGAUUCCCCCAAGUGCGGAAAGAGUCAAAGAAAUGGAUGAUAUGAAAUCAGCCAUGAACAAACCCCAGGGUUUCAUGAAGUCAAUUACCGGAGGAAUUAAUAGUGUGUUGUCGAUUAUUGGAUACUUCUUCAAUGAUUUCCAUGUUGGACUUGGAGCCCACUUCAGAUGUCCAAUCAUUAUGAGUUGGACAUCUUCGUCGUAUGAUAUGGUUGACAAAUUUGUUGGAAAUCCUCCAGAAAUCGCUUAUGUUCCAGCUUCGACUAUGUUUGGUAUGGUUGAUACCACCAAAUUCACUGGACGUCUUAGUAAUUUGUUCCAGAAAAUGGUCUUUAAGAUUUUUGGAGCUCUAAUCGAUAACCGAAUGGCAAAUUUGUAUAGUGAGAUCUUUCCUUCUACUGACUAUCCAUCAUUUGAAGAUGCCAAGAAGAAAGUCUCCUUACUUCUGCUGAACUAUCACUUCUCAGAUGGAAUUAUUCGCCCAAAUGUCCCAGCUGUCAUUGAGUGUGGUGGAAUUCAAAUCAAGGAGAAACCAGAUCCAUUGCCAGAGGAUUUGCAAAAGAUAUUUAACGCCUCUUCCGAACACGGUGUGAUUUAUCUCAGCUUUGGCUCGAACAUCAAAGGUGACGAUUUAAAUCCCGAACUUUUCGGAAUUCUCUUCAAAGCCCUUUCCAGUCUGAAGCAGACUGUCUUAUGGAAAUGGGAUGGUAAGAAGUUACCUGGCGAGUCUCCAAAUAUCCACUAUCGCAAAUGGCUUCCUCAGGAUGAUCUCCUGGCUCAUCCCAACGUGAAGGCCUUCAUUACUCAUGCCGGAAAGGGAAGUACUGCUGAAUCACAGUUCCACGGAGUCCCUAUGGUAACUGUUCCCAUGUUUGCUGAUCAAUUAGGAAAUGCUGAUCAAGUUAAGAAUAGUGGCUUCGGUGUUAAGGUUGAUCAAAAGACCAUGACAGUGGAAAGUUUGAAAGCUGCAAUUCUUGAAGUUCUCGAAAAUCCCAAAUACAAAGAAAAUAUCAAUGAGUUUUCCAAGCUUUACCGUGACAGACCAAUGAGCGCCAAGGAAACAGCUGUAUUUUGGAUUGAAUAUGUGAUCAGACAUAAGGGAGCCUAUCACAUGCAAAGUCCUGCCGUGUUUUUGAAUUCCUUCCAACUUUUCAGUGUCGAUGUGAUUGGUUUCCUCCUGUUGGUGGCAUUUGUCGUUUAUAAACUGAUAACUGUUCCAGCUAAAUUUGCUAUAAGGAAAUUCUUCGCAUGGAAAUAUGCUAAAGCCCAAAAAGUUAAGAAGCAAUAGAUUUUCACUAUCUUAUCGGCGCUAGGAGUCGGCGGUGGAAAGAUUGUCACAAUUGCAUACCUAUCAUACUUACCUCAUUUUGUAUUCUAGAAGUGUUAUAGCUUUAUAUUUUUUUAAAGUGAUUUUAUCAAUUUUUAUACAAAUACAAAAAUUGAAAUAAAUUUAAAAAAAAACGUAUUUUAAUUGAAUUGAGAUGACAUUGGAUAUUUGGUCAAAAGUUGUGUAUACCUACGAUUGUUCACCUAAAAUGAACACGCACUUUAGACACACAAAAAUGUGUAAUUGAGGCAAUUGUGAUUGAAACACUGCCCUUAAAUAAAACGAACUUUGGACAAAAUUACUAUCAUUUAGUAUCUAUGGAUUUACAUGACAUCCAUAAACGUAUAUAGAUAAGUUAACUAUAUAUUUAAUAUUUCUAUCAAGAUAGAAUAAAACAACAACAUUUAUUCAAAACAG